AUGCAGUUCCCGUUUCACGCCCGAGGGACACUCUCUGACAGCAGAGGGAGAUGUGAGGCCAGUGAAGCAGCACUGGGGGCCCCGCACAUGGUCCCCGUUGGCUCCUCUCCUCUCUCCUCGCCCACAGCUAACCGGCUCUCUCCCCUGACAAUGAGCGGCUGCUUCCGGGCCCUCCCGUCUGCUCCUCCUAAUCGGCAGUGUCAAACAGCGGAGGAGCAUCCAGCGCUGUCGCCACGGAAACGCGCCGCCUGUCAAUCACCUGCUCAGAGCCCAGGCGCGCCAGCCGGAGUGGAGCUGCUCGGUGGUCUUAGUCCUACCCCAGGUUCAAAACACUCUCCAAAUCCUCACGGAGCCUGCAUCGUCCCCUGGGAUCUGCUCUACACUGUCAUAUCUCCCGCUGCUCGUCAUCACAGCUGCAGCACCAUCAGUCACAGAGGCCCCCCGGAGAGGCCCUUGUCCCACUGGGCCCUGUAUGUCAGCAGGGGCCCAGAGCUGCCGUUUAGCCCUGAUUUGUGUGAGGACCCUCAAGUGGUCACGCUCAUCAGGGAGACAUCAACGAGGAUUUACAAAGCUUACCGAGAAAUUGAGACGAGGCAGUGA